CAGAGAACUUUUGCCUGUCGCCUGAUUUUUGGGACAGCUCCACACAUCAUCCUAACACCAACUGGGGAAACUAAACCAACCUUCUUAACCAAAUACAACAGCACAGCAUUUUUUUUUUAUUUUAAUUUUAAUUUAAUUUUUUUUAUGUUGACAUGGAGGACCAACUAAAACAUCAUUCUGUUUGCCAUACCUGCUUGAGAACAGACAGUUCCAUAAAUAAGGCCAUAAAGAUGUACUGGUCCAUACGGAUGCCCAUAUGCAUAUUGUUUUUAACCCUGUUUGCCUUCGAAGUGGCUUCAGCUGAAACAUUAUGUGGAGGAGAGCUGGUGGACGCACUACAGUUUGUGUGUGGAGAAAGAGGUUUCUAUUUCAGUCGACCAACUAGCAGGUCGAAUAGUCGACGUUCUCAAAAUCGUGGGAUUGUGGAAGAGUGUUGUUUUAACAGUUGUAACCUAGCUCUUCUAGAACAGUACUGCGCUAAACCUGUCAAGUCAGAGAGGGACGUUUCAGCCACAUGCCUACAGGCCAUCCCGGUGAUCCCUGCAUUAAAACAGGAGGUCCCAAGAAAACACGUGACCGUGAAAUAUUCCAAAUACGACGUGUGGCAACGAAAGGCCGCCCAUAGGCUACGGAGGGGUGUCCCCGCCAUCCUGCGGGCCAAGAAGUUUAGGCGGCAGGCGGAGAGAAUCAGGGCCCAGGAGCAACUGCACCACCACAGGCCUCUCAUCACGCUUCCCAGCAAGCUGCCGCCCAUCCUUCAUCUGACAGAAGACUACGUCAGCCACAAGUGAAACCAGGAUCAUUUGCACGGAGUCGAUGAAAAAAAGAUUAGGGGAUCAAAGCUUUUUUGUCUCUGACGUCCUUUCUGUAGCAGUCCUCAACAACCCUUCUUCCUUCCCCACCAGUCGUGCUCACACACUCUUCCAGUUUCUAUUCUUGCUGUUUCGUUCACCAACAAAAAGUCACAUCACAAACGAAAGGAACGCAAUUCAGGUGAAGAAGCAAAGAAGAAGCCACGGAACGCCAAACGUUUCGCCGGUUUGGAGGACAUCGGAGCGCGAGGAACAGCUUGAGCUAGCAUUAAAGAACCCAUUCCACCGCAUUCUCCCGAGACAAAAGUAUCUCUCUUUUAGUCCUUUUACAUAUUAGUUUGAACCUAUAACUAUAAAGGGACAUCCACACUGUAAGGAAUUGUUGUAAAAUUAGAUUCCUGUUCCAGCACCUUGUAAUCACAAAUGUAAAGCAGAGAAGAGUCUGCAAAUUGCACAUCGCCACGGAUUACGUCAAAGUUCUUGUUAAGUAAAUAAAAAAGGCACUAUUUUUUUAUGGACUAUGAACGUGUAGCUCAAAAAAAUGUCAUGGUGCUAGCUUUGGGAACGGACUCAAAGGAGAAGGGGUUGAAAAAGCGCGUUUUUUUUUUUCCCUUUGAAACUUUAUUAAACUUUCCGUUUUAAGGAAAGUGUGACUUUUGAAAGAGAAAACAAGAGCACAAGGGAUAUCGCUGCAUGCAAACGUGUACAUAAGACGCAACGUAUGCAUUGGGUCCUGGCACUGCCGUUGCGAUAAAUGAAGGAGCAGUGUGGGGACGCAGAAGGGAUCACGUUCGAGCGCCGGGAUGUGGAGAACUCGCCUCCUUUCGAGCGUGGCUGCACAAAACCCCUGCUUUGCACUGCAGGAUGAGGGACAUUGUGAUCUUGAAAAAGUGGGAUGUUUGUAUUUUCUAUGUUCUUUUUCGUGAAAAUGCUUCAAGGAAACAAGGAAAGAAAAAAAAAAAAGAUCCAGUUUGGUUUCUGGUACCGUGACAUUCUUGUUGUUGCAAAAUAGGCUUUGUGUUUUUGUAACGUUAUUUUACAGUUCUGAAAAAAAGGCACAAAUAUCAAUUCAAAGGGAAAAAACGCAAUAAUGUCAACUAACAUAUAUUUUUAACGUUUAUCCGUAGUAUUCACAUGCUUUUGCCUGAAAACAAAUACUUGAAUAUAUAUAUAUAUAUAUAUAAAUAUAUGAAAUAAAUAUGAAAAUAUAUAUUAUAAUUAGUUUCCAGGGACAUCAUGUAAUAUUCUUUUAGUCUGAGCUGUAUCUUGCGUAAUGAGCCGCCAAGCUUCUUUUUGUUUGUUUGUUUAAGUACAAAUAUGGGCACUGUAUAAAGGCAUUAUUUAUUUUGUUGUAAAAUUAUAUAUUAAAAUCGGUCCAAAUACAGUAAUAUACAUAGCACUGAUGCUCAACUGAUGGAUUUUAUUUUAUAUGCUCUCUUAUUUUCCCAUUUUACAUGUAAAUGCUUUUUGUAGAUGCUUUGUACCAAAAAAA